AUGGAAAAGUGUUAUCUUAACAUUCCCGCUUAUUGUUUUAUAAUUUUGUACUAUGAAACCACUACUUCGUUUCAUCCAAUAUUGUAUUGUGUAAAAUGUCGUCUCACACAUUAUAAUUUUGUACCAACUAAACUUUCCUUUUUUUUCAGUGGUAGUGUCGUGUCUGAUUUCUCUCAACAAAAAAAGACAAUAAGCUACGUCGCAAGUAAACAAUUACAAAAGAAAAAAGAAUUGCGACAAUACAAGAAAAAAAUGACAAAUCAAAAUCACUUCUGUGAAUCUACAAAAGUUUCCAAAACAGCCUUUCGUGGCAUUCCCAACAACAGCUGUCAAUUGCCGUCUUGUUGCAAGUAUACAUGUGUGUACUAUGGAAAGAGAUAUUGUAGAGUGAUUAUAGUUGGGGUGUGUGUCGUGUCCUAUUUUUUAGUCUACUGGUUUGUAUUUUUAUACUUUAGUAAAUCAAUUUUUUUCUUGGCCUGUUCAUAA